UUCUGCGCCAGUGUGUGUAAAGGCACUUUCGACGAAACAAUCUUAUUUGUUGCAAGAAAUAUUUUCUAUUCGUCUCAUAAUAUUAUUUGAACCAUGAAGGUCAUGAUCCUAGCUGUCUCCUGCCUCCUGGCUGUCUCUGGAGCCCAAGCAGCUGAUACCUGCUACCAGGAUGUCUCCCUGGACUGCGGACAGGCAUCGAAUAGCCUUGCGCUUCCAAGAUGUAACGCUGUCUACGGCGAAUACGGACGACAUGGCAACGUUGCAACGGAACUUCAGGCUUACGCUAACUUGCACUUGGAAAGGUCCUACGAAUACCUUUUGUCGGCUGCAUAUUUCAACAACUACCAAACCAAUCGGCUUGGGUUCAGCAAGUUGUUCAAGAAGCUGUCUGAUGAAGCUUGGGAGAAGACCAUUGAUAUCAUCAAGCAUGUGACUAUGAGGGGUGACGAAAUGAAUUUUGACCAGCGUAGCACAAUGAAGGUCGAACGCAAGAACUACACAGUGGAACUUCAUGAGCUGGAGGCCUUGGCCAAGGCUCUAGACACACAGAAGGAGAUCGCUGAGCGCGCUUUCUACAUCCACCGCGAAGCCACCAGGAACAGCCAGCAUUUGCACGACCCUGAGGUCGCCCAGUACCUCGAGGAAGAAUUCAUUGAAGACCAGGCCAAGAAGAUCAGGGAGCUUGCAGGCCACACCACGGACCUUAAGAAGUUCAUCACAUCCAACCAUGGACAGGACCUCUCCAUCGCCCUGUACCUCUUCGACGAAUACCUGCAGAAGGUCGCCUAAGGCGUCAAAAUAUUAAUAAAAUAAACAUUAACAUUUGUAUCACUCUCAUAAACAUAUACCUUUAUUGUAAACCGUCACAAAUUAAAAAUGUAUAAAAUUGGUAAAAAGUUCCCAUACUGGAAUAACGCUUGAAUGUCUUUGCGUAGAUAUAAAAAAAAUAGAACUGUCAUCAUGACAGAACGCCAUCUUGGAUAAAAAUAAAGAGUGAAACAUACAUACUCCACUAACGUAAAAAAAUAUUUUACUGUAUUUUUUUUAUUAUUAAUAUUUUAAACUUCC